UUCCCGAGCUGUGUUUCAAUUUCCUUUUGAGCAAGUGCUUUCCUGCACUAAUCACAAUUUUUAGAGGAAGAGAACUUGACAUAGUGUGAGCGCUGUCAGCUGUUAAAUGUACUCCUAAAAGACCCUCAAAAUGAGAUUUCCAGGGGAAAUCGUUUGGCUUAUAUUGUGGACUGUUUGUAUGGCUGAAGAUUGCAAAGGACCUCCUCCAAGAAAAGAGACUGAAGUUUUGUUUGGUGCCUGGCCUGAACAAACAUAUCCAGAGGGCAUGCGGGCUACAUAUAAAUGCCGACCUGGAUUUAGAACUCUUGGAGCUAUUAUAAUGGAAUGCAAGAAUGGAGAAUGGGAGUCUCUUAAUCCAUUGAGGAUAUGUCGGGAAAGGCCCUGUGGACAUCCUGGAGAUACUCCUUUUGGUUCUUUUCAUCUUGAAAGAGGAAAUGAGUUUGUAUAUGGUGCAAAGGUUGUUUACACAUGUCAUGAGGGGUAUCAGUUGCUAGGUAGGAUUAAUUUCCGUGAGUGUGAACCAGAUGGAUGGACCAAUGAUGUUCCUCUUUGUGAAGUUGUUAAGUGUUUACCAGUGACAGAACCAGAGAAUGGGAGACUUACCAGUACUGCGUUGGAACUGGACCAAGACCAUACUUUUGGACAAGUAGUACGAUUUCAGUGUAAUUCAGGCUUCAAGCUGGAUGGGCCUGCAGAAAUCCAUUGCUCAACAAAUGGUGUUUGGAGUGGAGAAACACCGAAAUGUGUGGAAAUUUCCUGCCAAGAGCCAGAAAUCGUAAAUGGACGGUCUACAUCUCAGAAGAAAAUUUACAAAGAAAAUGAACGACUUCAAUAUAAAUGUAACAAGGGUUAUGAAUACAGUGAUAGAGGAGAUGCUGUAUGUACUAAAUCUGGAUGGACUCCAAGUCCUUCAUGUAGAGAAGUCACAUGUACUUCUCCUCAUAUUCCAAAUGGUUACUACACAUCUGAAGCCAUCCGAUACAGAACGGGAGAUGAAAUCACAUAUCACUGUAAAAAUAGGUUUCAUCCUGCAAGCCAUGUAAAUACGGCAAUAUGUACCAGUACAGGCUGGCUACCUCUGCCAAGAUGUACUUUGAGGCCCUGUGAUUUUCCACAAAUAAAAUAUGGAAGUUUAUACAAGGAAAACUACCAUAGAUCAUCCUUUCCAGCAGCUAUAGGACAAAAGUUUUACUAUUCCUGUGAUUCCAAUUUUGCGACUCCUUCACAAAAGCAGUGGGAAUACAUUACUUGCACACACAAAGGUUGGGAACCAGAAGUACCAUGCCGCAGACGAUGUAUUUUCAAUUAUUUGAAAAAUGGAGAUUAUCCAAGGUAUGAACAAACAUUUCUCCAAGAUGAAACUGUGAGAGUUAAAUGCAAUUCUGGUUACAGUCUUCAAAAUGAGCAGACUAUAAUGACAUGUACAGAGAAUGGCUGGUUCCCUCCUCCAGAAUGCAUCCCUCUCAAAAGAUGUUCAAAAUCAGAUAUAACAAUUGAAAAUGGAUUUUUUUCUGAAUAUGAAUUUGCAUAUCCCUUGAAUAAAGAAACACAAUAUCAGUGUAAAUCAGGAUAUGUAACACCAGAUGGUAAAACUUCAGGAUCAAUUACAUGUCUGCAUAGUGGAUGGUCACCUCAACCCACAUGUAUUAGUGAGUAAU